ACAUACACCAAAACGUUUCAGAAACCACUUCAACACUAUAAUCACACCAAUUAGCUAGCCUCUUCCGUUCAUCUCCAUCCAACUAUCUCUUGUUUGUUCUAGCUAGGCAAAAAUGAAGCUCGUCUUCGCAACCUUCAUGCUUGUUUUCCUUGUUCUAGGCUCUUCUGUGUUUGAGACCACAAUGGCCGGUUCACAUUUCUGUGACUCAAAGUGCGGGGUGAGAUGUUCGAAAGCCGGAUACAAAGAGCGGUGCUUGAAGUACUGUGGAAUCUGCUGCGAUAAAUGCAACUGUGUUCCAUCUGGGACUUACGGAAACAAGGACGAAUGCCCUUGCUACAGGGACCUCAAGAACUCCAAGGGUGACCCCAAGUGCCCUUGAUCACUGAUAACAAGCUUCUUCAUCUAUGGUGGUUGCUUUCAUCUGUACGUGGUGUUGGUAUAUCUAUGUUUGUGUGUACUUCUCGGUUACUCGGACCCGUAAAAUAAAAUGUUAACAAAUGUUAACGCACAUAGAGCUAGCUAAGUAGCAUAAUUAUUUCAUUCCGUUGCGAAUAAGCCGAUGUCCGGUACCGUUUUAUGUUAUGAAUUUCACUGUUUCAGUCUUCCUCA